GCCGCUGAUCACCGUCCCAGGAUGUACAGUGUUUGCAGCAGGGGAAGCGACUGAAGAGACGCUGAGAGCUGUUCGGAAUCCGCAAAGACCCCACGGCCAUUGCCGAAGUGCACGGACUGACACCCCAGGACCUGCGGCUCCGCCCCUGAGGACGCCAUCUUCCUAAUCGACCGAAAGACCGGAUCCAGUCUCCGGUGCAUGCUGGGAUUAGGGAGGAGCCCUGAGCGCCGCCAUGUUUUUGUACGGCUGGAGCGCAAAGCACGUCGGGAGCGGCGGGGCUGGUUUUGAAGGCGAGGACGGCGGGAAAGUCCAUCGGAUCCGAGGUGGACUGAGCGAGAGGAGAGGAGCUACAGGAGGACCAAGGGACGUCUGGGGCCCCGGUGCCGCCUGCCUGCCCGGCUUCCUAGGGGGACUUUGGGAAUCCGCGAUGGAGCCGGCGAACGCCUCCCGUCCGGACGGCGAGCCCCACGGAGGUGUUCUGGCGCACCUGGAAAGGCUGGAGACGCAAGUGAACCGGUCCCGCACAAAGUCUGCAGAGCGGCAGCGAGCUCAGGCCGAGGGAAGUGCGCUUGGGGCCAGGAUACAGAAACUGCGACGACUGCGAGAUGAGCUGAGGGCCGAGGUGCAGCGGCGGCGAGCCACGGUUAAAGCGUCCACUGACAGCGUACAGCCUGACCAGACGGCGGGGAUGAGCGAGCAGGACGUUUUGGAAAGACGAUGGGAACACGCCAAAGCCAUUCUGCAGGCGUAUCGCUUCACAGGGCUCAGCGGACGACUGACCAGCCGCGGAGUCUGCGUGCGCAUCAGCACUGCCUUUGAGGAGCACCUGCUGGAGUCCUACUUCGUGGAGCUUGUCAUCCAGAAGCCGCUCCGGAUCCAUCGCCACUCGGUCCCAGCGUUCAUCCCUUUGGAAAAGAUGGCUGCACAGUACCUGCAGAGCGACAUCCGGCACUUCCUCUUCAGCCUCUGCGAGCAGCUGAACGCGUACGCGGGGAGGAAGUUCCAGGCCGACCGCCUGCAGGGCGACUUCGCCGCCUUUCUGACUGGGCCCCUGCAGAGAAACGCACUGUGCAGCCUGCUGUCGUUUACCUACAGAGCGGACUCGGGCCCGUCUGUCGCCUUCUCCGCUAGGCUGCUGUACGAGGACCUCACGGUCACUCUCCCAACUCGCGUCACCGUGGCGUGUGAAGGGACCGAAGCCUUGUCCCGUUCAUGGGAACACCAGCGAGCAUCCCAUGAAACUCUGUUCUCUACGAAGCCCCUACAUCAGGUUUUCGCUUCAUUUGCAAGAGAAGGAGAAAAGUUGGAUAUGAGCCUCAUCUCCUAAAGUGCUGCUUCAUUGGGAGCCCGUUAGAAAAGUCGCCCCUCCCCCCCAGGUGAAAGGAACUAUUGCACUUCCUGCUCUGUGACGAAGGGGACGGGUUCCAGGGGAACCUUUCAAGAUUACC